GAGCAGCAUUCGGAGCCGCGCCACCGUCUCCCUGUAGUUGGCGUCGGUGCAGUCGCCGGACGUGCAGGGCCGCCGUCGAAGCGAAGAACACCGUCGCAGCGGAGCGCCGCCGCCGCAGGCACUGCCCCGUGUCUUCGUGGUGCAGUCCUCGUCGUGUCCGUGCUGCCUGCGCUGCCGGCGUCGGGGUCUACUCCAGCUCCAGCCAGAGCGAGGGGGCCUCCAGCCUCCAGCCCAGCAGCUUAUCAUGUCAACCUGCGAGAGCGAAGAGUCAGAAAACGUUGCUGCCUCGGCCUCGGCCCAGGCUGCCCAGGCCCCACUCGAAACACGCGAACAGCCUUGCCAGUGCCCCAGCGACUCGGAUGGAGAGCCUGUUCACAAAGCCAAGAGCCCAAGUGACAGCGACAAUUAUCAUGAAAACUGCCCCAGCUCAUUCUCACAGGAGUUUCUAGCGCCUCUGAUCAGAAGGAGCGAUGAUCGCAAACUUUAUGACUGGUUACUCCGGAAGAAUUUGUUAAAAACUCCUGCUGGUUGCAUCGAUUGUGCCAAGACAAAGUUGUGCCUCCAACAUGCCACUGAUUUAUGGGUGUGUGAAGAUUGUGGGAAAAGUUUUUCGAUUCGCCAGGGUUCCUUUUUUGACAACAUUCCAUAUUCCAUAAGGGAAAUUCUCAGCUGUGUCAUGGCAUGGAGCAAUAAGAAGCCUGCAACAUUAGCCAGUCAAACAUUAGAAAUGAAAAUUACAUUUGUAAACCAAAUCUACCAGCAAUGCAUCGAAACCAUAUCCAUCUACUUGGAUAGUGAUCAGCAUCCCAAAGAUUGGUCCAUAGGUGGUGAAGGCUCUGUUGCUCUUUUAGAUUUAUGGCCAGGUGGCUCUAUAGCAGUGGAUGGAUUGUUUGUCACCAAACUAAAAAGGUCCUAUAAGGAUCGUUUAAGGGUGUUAUGGAUCGCUGAUACUAAUCAUGUUCCAGUUCGAUAUGUGGCACAUCUUCUUCCCCCUCAAAAAAGCGAUAUACAAGAGGUAAAAGAAGAGUUUGAAAAAAUUAAGUUAGAUUUUGGUGUUUUCUUGAGUCCUGAAUCAGAUACCAAUGAAGCUGUCAAUCUGAAUUGUGACAAAAAUUCUGAAAGUGGACAGGAUUUUUGUGAGAAUAUAAAUGGUGAUACUGAUAAUCAAUCAAAGAGGCCUGAGUCCCGCAUCCUUAGGGAGCAACAAGAGGUAGCUAUUACUCCAGAAGAUGGAAGACUGAAACAAGGCAUUGAGAAGAAGUGCCAAACAGGUAGCAAGAGAAAGAAUCAAGAAAAGCAAAAGCUUCAGUGUCCAGAGAAAAAACUUAAAGAAAUGAAAGAGGAAGAAAACUUUGUGAUGAUUCAUGAUAUUAAAGAUGGCGAUGUAAAUGUUGAUUUUGAGGAAGAAAAUGUUUCAUCCUUGUCAAGUUCAAAUACAAAACAGGAGAAAAAAGGCAAAAAAAAUGAUCGUGGUAAAGAAACAAAAGUUGACGAAGAAAAAUGCAUGAUACAUAUUGUGAAAGAUAGUGAUAUAAAUGUUGAUUUUGAAGAAGAAAAUGUUUCAUCCAUCUCUACUCCAAAUACAGGAAAGAACAAAAAAAAGGACAGAAAACCUCGUGUGAGUCCAAAGACAAGGGCUUUGAGACAGGAAGCAGCCCUUCGGGUGAAAAUACAUGAAGAGUACAUUAGGAACCUUGAAUUAGCGAAUGCUGUUGUGCAAGUGGCUGUGGCCUACAUUGUGCCUGGAUCAUUGGUUGUCGUAAACGAUGAAGUAUUGCCCUAUGUUGCUAGUUCAUUACAUAGCCUUGGAAUAUAUGAGUCUGUCACAACAAUUAAUAAUAUUAUUUCAACUGGUGAUCACUCAAUCAUGAGCAUACUUGAAAAUAUUUGGAGUGAUGCUGCAGAUCUUUGUACAGUUCUUCAAACGAAGACAUUCAACAGUGCAAAGCCAACUGUCGCAGAAUUUCAAUGGCGCAAGACAUUUGGCUCGACUACAUCUGAAGCUGUUUUUCAUAUAUUGUCACAGAUUGCUGUGUAUUACAAACACACCCCUAAAGAAAAACGUUUAGCAGGUAAAAUUUUGUAACUGUUUCAUUACAUUUUAAAUGACAUUCUACUUCAAGUGAAACAGAAAUGUUAUUGUUGUAUUGAACUGAUCUCUUAUCUUGUUUUUUUUUUUCCUAAAUAUUUUUGGAGCUUGUUAAGUUUAAUGGAAAGUCAAUUCCAAAUCCUAAUUUAAUCACAUACAAAUGUUAGUGUUAGUUUUACCAUAAAUGUAUUUGGUCUUUGCAUUGUGAUUUCUAGCUGUAGACCUUUGACAUUGAAUUUUAUUGCUACUGUAGUAAGAUCAGCAAAGCAGUUUUUUGACUAAUUUUUGUCGGCGUAGAAUAAAUAGUUACCACAAAAAUAUUAGCUUGACUGUUGAUUUUAUUAUUUAACUGGAAGAGUAGGAUAUGCCAUUAAUCAAUUCCAAUGUUCCUAAGAAGAAGAAGAGGAGUGAUAAUGUUAAAUAAAUUUCAAUUUUGUAAGAAA